AUGGAGAAAUGUGGAAUAAUUCUACUGUUGAUGACUAUGUCUGCCUUGCAUCCAGCGACCUGUUACUUGCAUAGUGACAUGACUAGACUAAUCGAGGAUCUUUUCAACGACACAAGAUACAGCAGACUUAUCCGCCCAAUUUACAACCAGGAUAAAGUGAUGGAGGUCAACAUUACUCCUGGAAUUAUGACUAUUGAAAGUCUGGACUUAACAACGAGUGAACUUCUUACUAUAAUGUAUAUUCAGAUAUCAUGGAUCGACGAGUUUUUGAUGUGGAAUCCCUUUGACUAUGGAGGUAUCACAAAGUUACCCGUACCUUACGAAAAACUUUGGAUACCACCUUUAUCACAGUCAAACGGAGCAAUGAAAGAGAAGUCAGGCCAAAUAAUAAAUCCUGGUUUUGCCCCAGUUUUCGUUUUACCUAAUGGAUACGUGCUCCUCGUCACUACAGGAUACUACGUAACUAACUGUGAAAUAAACACUAGUUUGUAUCCAUUUGACUCGCAUAAAUGCACUUUUUAUUUCUUUUCCGCGUUGAAUGAUGCCACAGAAAUGGAGUUGAAUUCUCUUACAUCUGAUUUUGCUCUCGGGUUACUUCAACAAAAUGAUGCAUGGCGUCACACAAAGACUGAUUUUAAAAAAGACACAUUUUCAGCCGAGAAUAUUGCGUACAACAUAGCCAGGCUUCAGUUUACGAUAACACUAAAACGAAGACCUAUAUUUGAGAUCAUAAAUGUUUUUCUGCCGAUUCUUCUGUUAACAGUUCUAAACCUUGCGGCUUAUUUUGUUCCUGUCAAUUCAGGCGAGAACGUUGCAUACACUUUAGGCAGGCUUCAGUUUACGAUAACACUAAAACGAAGACCUAUAUUUGAAAUCAUAAAUGUUUUUCUACCCAUUCUUCUGUUAACAGUUCUAAACCUUGCGGCUAAUUUUGUUCCUGUCAAUUCAGGCGAGCGUCUCUCAUUUUCGAUUACUUUAUAUCUUUCAUUUGUAUUCAUAACGUCUGCAAUGGUAAAUGAAAUGCCUCAUGUCGCAAAGAAUAUAGCGUUUUCCUCUUACAUCAUGCUUUCUUUAAACGUCCUCAAUACCGCAAGUGUACUUUGGAGUGUGUUUAUGGUGCGGAUGGCAACUUGGGCAAAUCAAACGACACCGGUACCAAUUUCUUUGCAGAAAGUGGUGAAGUUGGUCCACAAAAUAGGUUCGACCACUUCUACGAAAGUCCAUCCAAAAAUAAACACAACCGAUGACGAUUCUGAUGCAAUCUCAACGGAUAAAGGUCUUGAAAAUUCUGAUAUUUAUGAUGAAGGAAUAGUUGAAAAAGAAUCAAUAUUGUGGUCUGAUGCAGUGAAAGUCUUUGACAAGAUUUACUUUACGGUCACAACUGUUUUAGUCACAUGCGUUAUUUCAGUCAUGAUUUGUCUGUGGCAUCUUUCUGAAUGA